AGCCUGAAAUACAGAACAAAAACACAACACUUCAACACUUAGUUAGCAGAAUGGUAAAACAAAUUAACAGCUAGAUACUGUUGGUGUCAGCAGUGUUGUGUUGUAGACUGCUACAACACCGUGGCCUGGAAGCUAACAGAGAACAUGCCCAGUCACCUGACGGAAAGCAACAGCUCUGAAUCCAGGAACUUCGGUCAGUGUACUUACACAGCUGAAGAGUACCAGGCAGUGCACAAUGCUCUGCGCCAGCGGCUGGGACCAGAGUACAUCAGUACCAGAUUGGCUGGCGGCGGACAGAGGGUGUGCUACGUCGAGGGGCAUCGCGUCGUCAGCCUGGCAAAUGAAAUGUUUGGGUACAACGGGUGGUCUCACUCCAUCUCUCAGCAGAACGUUGACUUUGUUGACCUCAUCAAUGGGAAAUUUUACGUUGGAGUGAGUGCUUUUAUUAAAGUGACACUGAAGGACGGUGCAUAUCACGAGGAUGUAGGCUACGGUGUAAGUGAGGGACUCAAGUCUAAAGCUCUGUCACUGGAAAAAGCAAGAAAGGAAGCCGUCACUGAUGGCAUGAAGAGAGCACUGAGGUGCUUCGGUAAUGCUUUGGGUAACUGCAUUCUGGAUAAAGAAUACAUUUUAGCUAUAAACAAGAUUCCCAAACAGCCUCCCGCUCCUCUCAACCCAGACCAGACGAAACGCUCUGAGGGCGAGCCCUCGGUGGAGAAGGCCCGGGUUUUCAGUCUAGUCAAGGAGGAAAAGGUCGUGUCUGCUGCCAGCCUGGCCCAGGUGCGAUCGGAGUCCAGACCAAACGCCCUAAACCAGAUGUCUUUGGAAGUGAAUACUCCAACCAGUGACCCUGCUCCUGACAUCUCCAGAGAAGACGUGGACGGCACAGUAUCUGACCCGAAACUGCAGAGAAAAUUACGACAACAGCAGUUACAGCAGAAGUUUAGGAAGGAGAUGGAGGCAAAGAAGCUGCAGCUGGAGGUGGAUCAACCAAAGUCAGAGGACAAAGAGUUUGCAAUUGGACAAGGACCCAACAGAGGUGACGCAAGAGGUUCUACACUGAUCCACAGGAGUUCAUCUGGACCCAGCAGCAAGGAAGAUAAUUUAGCAGGUACCGUGAACUACCAGCAGAGGGCACCACAAAGUUGAGACAUUAUGAAAGGACACCUUCCACAGGUUGUAGACCCAGCACACCUGGGAACCACCACAUGCAGACACGCAGUAGGACCCCUCAGAGAGCCCCAGCCCACAGAGCUUGGAACCAGCAUCAGCAGGGGGCGACAGCAGAAACCAUCUGCAGUCCACAAAGACAGGGUCAGUACAUGAAGAAACGACGACUAGACACGUGAUAUCUUCCAGAUUUUGUUUGUGAAACAUUAUGCUACCUUUGUGUGAUUGAGGGAAUACAAUUCUUCCAACACAAGUUUACUGUAGAUGUUUUAAACCUUAAUCAUUUCACUGCUUUACUUAACAUUAAUGUUUAAUUUGUCUAGUACCAUCCUUUGUAAAUUUAGUUAAAAAACAACAACAAACAAGCUUUCUCCUGUCAGACUGCAUACAUGACAGUAUUGAUAAUCAUUAUUGGUACAGCUAGUUUUCCACAUUUUUGACACAGAAAAAUGUUACUUUUUUUAAAGAAAAAUAGACCUUUACGUCUAUUUAAGUUCAUGAACUAAAACUUUGCAUCGUCAUCAUGAAUUCUCUGUUGCUAGCAAAACACUGAUAGGGUAUUUCUGGGACAUUUUUUUGUGAAAGUAAGACUAUACUCUUGCUUCUUUUGUUGAUAUUUUGACAUGUUCAGAUAUAAUGGUUUUUGGAGUUUUAAACAAAAUAUUUACUUGUCAGAAUGUUUUAGGACAUGAAUAAAUAAUGUUUUA